AUGUUUACCAAUUUUUUUAUGAGACUUGUCAACUCGUUUCCAGGUCAAGUAGCUCUUGGUGAGAAGUCAACAAUCUCAUGUUGAUCUGAAAUUUAGAAGCCCAUUUCUUUCACCCCUCAUCUAAAAACAAAUUGUAAAUGUACUUUAUAAUUUAACAUCUCAACGAAUUAACAACCUUAGGCUUAUAGCAAGUGGUUUACCAAGGGAUGCCCACAUUUUAUAUUUAUUUCUAUGCUUCAUUGGGCUAUGAAACUUGAAUAUAAUUUUCAGUGGGCCCAACCAACUGUGGUCGGUGGUUGCAGAUGAAGGGUGUUUGCAUAAUUUGAUGAUUCGUUAGGGGUUUAAAGCUAGGUAUCCUUUAAAAAUUAAACGAGAUGAAUCGAGUAUAUAUGUUUCAUAAGGGUUUAUUGUAACUAAUUUAUUUAAUGAGAAUUGAUAUGCAAGUAACCGCAUCCGGCGGUGUAUCCAGUUGACCCAUCCUUUUAUCUUCUUCAAGACCCGAGAGAGAAUCUAGCAACUCGAGAUCCUGAGGAAAACCCCGGGAACUUCCGGGAUUUUGUCUGGCGUUGGUGUGGAGCAAUAAUGGCUUCGCCGAUGGCUCCUCAUCCCGUUUCCGCCGGCAGGUAAUUAGAUACGAUUCCUUCUCUCGGUUCUUUCAAUCAGUUCUCGCUUGCACGCUACCCCAUUCAUUUCUUAGUGGCAGCUAAAUACCUUGGGGUAGGUUGUCUUGUUUUGCCCAAUAAUCUUGGGAUGUUUAUGUUUUCAGAGUUUUUCCCGGGGGGAAAGAAUGUCCGCGCGUGUGUGGCAUUGUUUUGUGGACAGAAAUAAAGCUGACGAAGUUUUUUUCCAAUGAUGAAAUCCAAAAUUAUUCACUGCUAGGUUUAUUUUUUCUAUUAUUACUGGUUAUCCUCAUCUUCGCGACGUGAUUUUGAUGUCGACGCCAUUUUCUGCCACAUAGAAGUCCUUUGAAUAGGAAAUCUGUGAGAACGGCCACUCCGUGGGUUUUCCCAAAAUCUGUGAAGUUGCACGGAAAUUCUUCGAAAACUAUGUCUGUCUCUAGCACAUCCUGUCUGAGUCUCAGAAACGAAGGAUCUGGAGGAGUUAAAUGUUUGGUUGGUGAUAGAGAUGGUGUUAUCGUUGUUGAUCACGGAUCCAGACGCCAAGAAUCAAAUCUAAUGCUAAGUAAGUAGAAAAAAUUCAGUUCUCCGAGUGUGGACUUUUUAUUUUGCCGCACUCAGUCCUUAGGUUUUGAUGGUUUUGAUUUCGACGUAGAUUCUCUUCUCAAGCUUACAAUUCACACAGAUGACUGCGGGCGGCAUAGUAAUUUGUACUCUUCUUGCCACAGAUGAGUUCGUGAAGAUGUUUAGGAGUAGAACGGGGUAUCAAAUAGUGGAGCCUGCUCACAUGGUGUGCAUUUCAAUUUCUCAUUUGUUCUCAAUUACCUCGUUCCUUUGUUACGGCUUUACAUGUUCACGUAGUUGCUCCUUGAUGGUCUUGAGGUUUUGUUCAUUUCAAUUUUUUUUACCUUUUAUGUUUUCAAUUAGCUUGUUCCUUCCUUCAUCAUGGUUUUGGAGUUCAUUCUCCUUUUUUAGAUCAUAUGAAAUAAGAAUAUUUUUUAUACGUAUGGCUAAUUAUUACGUAGAGCCUCACAUCAGUGGAAGAUAGCUGCGGGAGAUGGAAUCCUCGUUUUUCUGAGCGGAGGCUGAAGAGAUAUUUUCUAUUUGCGGCUGGCCUUACGCUCCCAUAUAUCCAUGAAUAGUAGAAACACCAUAUUAUCUCAGAUGAAGUUUUUCUCUACUGAAGGACGUACAGUAAAUAUUUCUAAUUGGAAAAUCACUCGAGAAUGGCAGAGUCAAUUUAGAGGAUGGCCAUCGACCCCCAAUCUUGGAGAAGACAAGAACCAAACAGUUUGAAACCAGUACAAGCUUCAAUAGAAUCUGGAAUCAUUAUAACUGAUCCCAAUAAAGGGGAAGCAAGAAAAAAUUGUGGCAGAGGAUCUACGUGUUUGGGAACUAGUUUAUUCUCAUUACAUUAGAACUAGGAUUUUCAAGUUUCAUGGAGUGAAUAGGGAUAUGAAAUGUAAGGCAUUGGAAAAUGGGGAGACAUACGUUCCAUAUGAUCAAAAUUCAGUUAAUUACUUUUUAUAAAAAUGAUACACUGCCGAAGGAAAACACUCCCAGUUUCUAUGAUGAGAACUGUUAUAAUAUCAAUCAGUUUCCUCUUCUAGCCGUACAAUACUUUGGCCCCAUAUAUACAGACAUGGAACGAACUGAUAAAAUCAUUAAGGUCCCGAGGUAAGCCAGAGGCUGGAAAGAUAGUCCAAGGAGAGCUUUAAGGGCUGAACAUUAAUAUAAAUUGAACAUAAAAUAAGACUCUACGAACAGAAAAGGAGGCGGAUGAAUUUUGUGCUUUUGAUAUUCCCCAGCCUCCUCCUUAACUCCCAGCUCUAACCUUCACCUCCAGGAUGACUUCUGGUAGAGGCAUCACAAGAGGAAACAAAUACAUGACGGACCACCAAAUUAUAAGGUCUAUUAGAGGAAGUUAAAGAUAUUUUUCUCUGGGAAAGUAGCUAGAUGCUUGAGGAGUAGACUAAGGAAACUGAAAAAAGGAGAAUUUAAGCAGAGAGAUGAACUCAUGACAGCCCCAUUUUGGUUGGUCUCACACUGGUCUGUUAGUCCACGAUGAGACCCCUGGACUGAAGGGGAUCUAGCUCCCUACGUGAAGAAUAUGCUCUUUAACUAAAUACCCUUGUCCAAAUCAGGUGUGGAAGUACACCAGUACUUCCCACAAUUUUCUUUCUUUCCUUGCUUCGAUCUGUAUAAAUUACAUUAAGAGUUUUUUUUUCCUUUGAAAUCCAUUGGGAAACCAGUCAAAUGGCUGCUUCAAGCUUUUUUUUCUUUCAGUACCUUUGGAAACUGAUAAAAUUCCCUCACUUACCUAGGAGCUGGCCGAACCGUCAAUUGCAGACGCGUUUAGAUUAUGUGUGAAUCAAGGUGCGAAUCGAAUUAUCGUUAGCCCACUCUUUCUUUUCCCGGGACGGCACUGGAGUCAGGUGAGUCUAUUUUACUCUGGGUCGAUUUAUGCUGUAUUUAUCGUACUUAAACGCCCCCAGCAUUCAGAACCAAAUGAGAUUUUAUGGGAACUUUUUUUCACUGCUGCCUGAAAUAAAUGAUAGAAUGCCUCACAUUAUGUAGGAUAUUCCAUCCAUAGCUGCUGAGGCAGCCAAGGAGCAUCCGGGUAUCUCUUAUAUUGUUUCCGCUCCUCUUGGGCUUCAUGAGCUUCUUGUGGUAGGUCCUGCCUUCUUUCUUUGGUCGUAUUGUUCAUGCUCUGCACAUUGAAGCUUUUUUCGAUAUGUUUGUGUUAUACUUUGCUGCUCACAUGGAGGUCCCAAUGGCCCCGGUAAAGCCCAGAAGCCCGACCCAGUUGGGCUUGAAGUGUUUGAAUCGAAAAACACUUAUCAAAGCUUUUCAAAGCUGGGAGGGUUUGAAGUGUGGAAAAUAGAAAUCUUAACCCAUCCGGCCCUAAAAAAUUUUCAUGGAAAAAGGCAUGCAAUAAAAAGAGAAAAAUAGAACUAUUAAUCUAGUGAUAUUUCCUAGAAAUGAAGUCCUCGCAUGAAUAAAUAAUCUAUUUUUCUUCAAGGGCUUGAUGGAAUGAGCUUUGAAAGUACAUGACAUUCUCACAACUGUCCCCUUGUUGUUCCUCUCAUCAGUCAUCAGGAAACAACAUACUGAAUGAUGACUGAACAAGGGAAAGCUCAGUAAAUGGGCUUCAAGUAGACCGUCUUCUGUUGACUUGACCCUGGCCCAGUUGUUUCUCGUCCAAUGCUCAGGCCCAGUCCAGAACUCAUUAGCUGCCCAACCCCAGGCUCAGGCUCAGUUAUUUAUCUCACCUUGCUCAUCGGAGUUGGGAAAACUGGAGCAUUUUCUGCAUCGUCCAGUGAGAAGAAGCCCAUUAAAUGGGCUUCAGCCGGGCUCUUCUGUAGCGUGGGCCUUGGCCCAGUUGUUUCCUCUGAUGAGCUUUGACCUAUCCACUCACUGGGCGGUAUGGAAAGCUAAAUGCCCCAAAAGCUACGAGAGGAACCAUCAAUAAUAAGCCUCCAUUUCUCUGCACCUCCCUUUUUAGAAUCUUAAGAGCACCACGAAGAACAGGUGUUCUGCGAUCGGGGGAUAUCAUUAUCACAUGGAAAACUUUGUUCUUCCCAGAAAAUCUUGCUCUUAUUAUCCACCUCAGGCUGAUUUUUUUUAAUAUUAGUUUACUCCAGAUACAUGAUAUUACUUUACUCAUGUCACUUAAACUCGAACGUUCUUAUGAAAGGUUCAAAUGUUAAAUUGAGGGCUCCGUUCUUAUGGCAAGUUUCGACUGAAAUAACUUCUUGUUUUUGUGAUCGAUUAUGUCGGAUUUGCAGGAUGUGAUGAAAGAGAGGAUCGACCAUUGCCUGCUCCAAGCGUCUGGUGAAGCUUCAGAGUGUGCCAUCUGUGCUGGGACCAAUAAAUGCCGAUUCCGCUGA